AACAGGUUUUCCGUUAUGAAGGCGACAACAUGCCCCUCGGCCGUGAAACGACACAUCCGUGGCCGUAGCGCCGGUCGCAUGCGGUCUGUUUGUAACGCCGCCGUUGAACUGAUCAAAUCCCGGGGGGCGCACAGCUCAGCCGCGGCUCGUCGACUCGGAGCAGACAUGUGUAAAGAGCUCAGGACCAAAGUGCUGCGUUUACUGCCGCCCACCCCCAGCGGGCCGACCGCUCACCGCGAGGGCCAGACAGAUGGUGCGGAAAUCCUGAGCUGCACGGUGAAGGCCCUGAAGGAGGGCCACGUUGUUGCGGUGCCCACAGACACCAUCUACGGCCUGGCAUGUCUGGCCCAAAACUCUGAGGCCAUCAGAAAAACCUACGACAUCAAAGGACGAAAUGGACAAAAACCCCUGGCAAUCUGUGUGGGAGAAAUUCAGGAUAUCUAUAAGUACUGUAAGGUGAAGGUGGAGAAGGAGCUGUUAGGUGACCUGCUGCCUGGUCCCGUCACCCUGGUGUUUGAAAGGUCUGAAAUACUGAACACAGAUUUCAACCCCUUUACCUCACUUGUAGGCGUACGCAUCCCAGACCAUGGCUUCAUGAGGCGCCUUUGCCAGAUGUGCGGGGAGCCACUGGCACUUACCAGCGCCAACAUCAGCUCACACACCAGCACCGUCGAAGUACAUGAGUUCCAGGAGCUCUGGCCCAAACUAGCGGUGGUGGUGGACGGCGGACCAAUAGGAGACCAGAGCCGCCUCGGAUCGACAGUUGUCGACUUAUCAGUACACGGCAAAUACCACAUCAUCAGGCCUGGUUGCGCCCUCUCUUCUACGGUUGAUGUGCUGGAGCGCAAGUAUGGGCUGUCAGAGGACUCGGAAAAAUGACCUUUGAACACUCCACGCUCCACAACACACGCUGAGACGCACAACCAGCUUUUGACCUUGGGGCUUCUUCAGACAAGAUGAAUCCCUUUUUCAUGUUCUCAUAGAAGAAUUAGUAUUCCCCAGGAACAGGACUAAAACUGAGGAACAACACCAGUCUUAAACCACUGAUUUUGUUGGUGGCCGUUUCACGGUCUGGGGUUACUUUUUCUUUUAUUGACCAUAUUUUCUGCCUUACCAUGUGUCUAUGAUGGGAUUAUGUGGGAUUUUAAACCGAGUGUUACAGGUGUCCACCAUUUAUUUAGCAAAAGUAGAGCAGGGUCAGCUAUGGUAUGGGUUUUAAAUGUUUUGUUUUAUUUUUGUUUUUGCAUAAGCAUAAAACUUUCUUUCUGUAUCGACAAAGCAAUGUGGUUUGAGUUAAUAUUUUGACUCACUAUUUUGAUAAUGGUUAGAAGUGUCAUAGGCACCGAAUUUACAGCCUGAAUGAAUCUUCGUGAUAACAUAAAAGGGAGUUCUAUGAAUUACACUGA